AUGUUGGCUGAAGGUUCUUCCAUUUUUGGGAUCCCCAUCAGUGCCUGGGUCGUCCUAGGUGGCAUUCUAUAUUUUGUAUUUGGCUCGAGCCAUGAUCCCGAGCUCAACAAGAUUCCUGGUCCAUGGGUCUAUAAGGUGACCAGGUAUCGAUCAGCUUGGGAUGCAUGGAAGGCACGAUACGUCCACGCGAUCCUGGAUCUGCACAGGCAAUACGGCCCGGUCGUCCGAAUCAGCCCCAAUGAGGUUUCAUUCAACAGUCUCACGGCUUUGAGAACCAUAUAUGGCGCUGGAAGUGGAUUCGAGAGAACUUCCUUCUACCGAAUGUUUGAUGCCUAUGGCCGGGAGAAUUUGUUCACUUUUGCUUCGGGCAAGCUACACCGAGACAGGAAGAAGCUCGUCAGUCACAUCUAUGCAAACCAAACAGUGCUGGCGACAGAAUUCUCCCAGCUGGUUCAGAGGAAGGUCGCAGGGUUUCUUGACUUCCUCGAGAGGGAACCCGAGGCUGCCAGUGAGAUCUUUUCAAGCCUUCAUUACUUCUCCUUUGAUGCAAUCUCUGAGUUCGUCUAUGGACCUCGACAUGGUGGAACAAAGGCGCUGUUAGGCCCAAAUCGAGAGUUGAUUGCAGACAUUCUAAAUCCCGCCAGGAGAAGACUGGCGUGGUUCGCUGUCCAUUUUCCUGCCUGGACUUCGUGGGUUACCACCCGAACAGGUCUGCUUGAGAAAGGGCUCACCUCUCUCGGCCUCUUACCAAUGAGAAAACCCUUCACAUACUCCGGUAUCAGAAAACAUGCACUUGAAGCAUUCUACAGCUUUAAGAAUGCCCCUGCCAUUGAGAAGGCAGAUGUUGCAGAGAACACAGUCAUUGGCCGCUUGUUCAAGGUCCGAGAGACAACAAACAUGUCGGACCUGGACAUCGCCUCGGAAUGCUCCGAUCACUUACUUGCCGGCAUUGACACCACAUCUGAUUCAUUGAUGUUCAUGAUCUGGGCCCUUUCACUGCCUCAACACGAGGGUUUUCAGAAUCGGUUGCGGGAGGAGUUGUCACACAUCUCCGUUGAUGCUAAAGGACUACCCAUUCCACGCGACCUUACUCAGCUACCAUACCUGAACGCAGUCAUUCGGGAGUCAUUGCGUUUAUACUCACCCUUGCCAGCGUUUGAGCCGCGUACUGCAUUGGUCGAUACAGUAAUCGACGGAUAUAAGAUUCCAGCAGGCGCAAUUGUGGGCAUGUCUCCAUUUUGCUUGCACAGGGACGAAAAUGUCUAUCCCGAUCCUCUUACCUUUCAACCGGAGCGAUGGUUGACACCUUCCGGAGACCUCAUCCCUGAAUCCGACGAUCGAAACAGGUACUUUUGGGCAUUUUCGUCGGGUGCACGAAUGUGCAUCGGAAUGCACCUCGCUAACGCGGAAAUGCUCACAUUGAUGGCUGCGUUGUAUCGGAAGUACAGGACAUCUGCAAAACACCCGGACACGUCGCCAGGUAUCACAAGCAGGUUUGAGGUAUUCCAUGAUGAAACCAUGCCCAAAAUGGUUGAGCAUGAGUGUUGGAUCAAUUUCCAAAAGAUUCAAGACAGAUCGUUCCUCAAUCAGAUCUGCGACGAUUGUCUCAUGCAAGAGCUAGAUAUGCAGCCUCUCUCAAUUGCGGAUGAACUACCACAUCAAGCAAAACCCAACAACAGCGAGGGCCUCAUUUUUGAUAGUGAAGUCAAGGUUCAAGUAGACGAGAUCCAAUUUGAGAUGCUCUCAUCACCAACAAACCAUGGCAAAUCCGUGCCUAAUGUGGAUACCGAGGAUGACGGCGACAAGCAGAUUCUGGAGAGUCAUGUUAAGGUCAAAAUCGACUUUGAAUCCUCUAGCAUCUCUGGUGAACCAUCUUCACCUUUGUUCCCAUCAUCUGCAACACGAUCAUAUCCGUCGUCGCUGGAGGCUUCGCCUCCACCAUCGACUUACCGAACCAAGAGAUUUGGCUUUGCGCUUCCAGAAGGGGUGACAUACGAUCUCGACACAGCAGACGAUGAUUCCGAUGACUAUCCCGAGAUAUAUGACUGGACUUCUUCGCCCCUGUUCCGAGGGAGAUCCCUGACGCGGAAGAAAUUGACCAGUUUUGAGAUUUAUGGAGUCUCACCCAACAGCAGUUCUACCUCAGUCAAAGGCAAAGGUCUCUCAGGACUCAAAAGUCUUAAAUCAAUGUCAUCGAACCUACGAUCAGUUUCCAGCACAAAGAUUCCCGACAAGACUGGGAAGGUGGAUGUCGCUCCCGCCAAUAAACCAAGGACACUUCUUCGAGGGCUUCGAUCACGCAAGAGUUCACCACUGCUGACUACCAAGGGGGAAUCCUCCCACAUAGUCGAGUCGCAGUGCAGUGGAUCGUAUGGUAACCUGGAGCCGAAAGCCACCAAGAAAUCCGGCCUGAGGAAUUGGACGAGAUUCAUGAUUCCAGAAAAGAAGCGAAGCAAAUACGUACCCAUAAGUCAGCUCAGAAAUCAAACCCGUAGCUGUGCCCCAAGUCCAACGGGAUCUUGGGCUCGUGCUCAAGAGGACAGCCACGAAGACUUGCCAAUCUUAGCAUCUGAUCCUCCGACUAUGGCUCAUGGUGAACAUCGUAUCAGCUCGUCCAGUCAAGAUAUCGAAAGGGGUGAUCCGCUGGAGGCAGGUAACAAGAGAAUUUUAGACUUGACUGUACUGCCUGCAGAAGUGGUAUCUGCAGUCGACCUAAGUCAGUCGGUUGAAGAUAAGUUACGUCAAGACGAUCACGACGAGAAAACCAUGAAUGACCUCACCAUGCCCCAGAAUAGGGCAGUGCUUCAACCAGAAGACACUUGGGAGGCAUCAAAACAGCAGACAGCAAACGAGCCAGUGGUUGGAAAGGAUGACUCCCAAAGUCAACCACCAGUGGAAAUGAAGCUGUUGCCCGAGGAGAAGAGGAAUCGAGAAUCUUCGGUUACGAAAGAUAUAAUCGAAACCAAAGUAUCGGUGGAACCAAGCAUUAACACACAAACAGAGCAGACGACCGAAGGAGCCAUAGUUGCCAACAAUGCUACUGAACUGGAGGGAUAUCAGGAUGACACACCGGCUGAGAAAGAAGGUUGGUCUUCCAGAGAAAUUGCGAGCCCUGGCGAACCAUUGCCCGAGAGACCAGAAAAGCAGGACAUCACACCACGAUCAUCGUUCAUGCAGAAAAUCAUCGAGUCUAGCAAUGUAAGGCCACAUCCUCCACGCAAGAGUUCACUCAGGCAAAUGAUGGCCCAAAGUAAGAAUGAUUCGAGUGUGCCGAAAUUCAGCUUCCCACUACCACGAUCUGAGGUAAAUAAGACGCCAGCUGAUGGAGAAAGGGGUCUUCUCUCGGAAAGUCCUCAUGAGUUUUAG